AGAUUUCAUGGUAUCGUUAAGAGACGUUGCACAGAGAAAGUAUAAAUAGUUUUUGGUAAGUACUAGACGAACAUCAGUUCCUCACCCGCCAGCCUUCGCGUUGGUUAUCUCUUUUUCCUGUUCAAAAAUGAAUUUCCUCGUGUUAUUGGCUUGUCUGCUUGCCAUGGUCAUCGCUAACCAAGGAACACCGGCAAUGGAACUCAGCACCAACAUUGAAGUUCCUCCCGACCAAAACGUGGAAGACUGGUAUUAUCGCACCUAUUACGGUCACUAUUAUAAUCCUUACGGCUACUACGGUCACGGAUAUUGGCGUGGACGCCGCUCUGUUGAGGAAAAGAAGCCGGAAGCCUCGGUCAACGUGAAACCUGAUACCACUGACCAAGAUGGCAACCAAUACUUUAGUCGUGGUUAUUACGGCCGCCAUAGUCCCCACGGUGGAUACGGACAUCGGCGUGGUCGUCACGCUACUAAAGAUCAGAGUACUGAGGCAUCUUACUACCCCAGCUGGGGAUACAAUCGCGGGAACUACGGCAGCUAUCCUUACCGUUCUUCCUAUUAUUAUGGUCACUAUCCAGCAUCUUUUUCUUAUGCUUACAGCCAUUAAGUGACAAUCCAACAAUCAUAGCAUCGUUAACAAAAAACAAUUAACGUAGUCUAAUCCUUCUACUAACAUCUUCUGUAUGGGGUCUGCUAACAUAAUGGCUUUCAUGGUAUUUGGGUGUGUAAUUCCUAUGUACACAAUACACUCAAUGAUGGCA